AUGGCGGGCGCCCCGACACAGCAGCAGCAGCAGCAGCAGCUGCGGCAGCUGCUGGAGGCCUCCCUGGAGCCCUCGACGGCGAAAGCUGCUUCCGAGCAGAUCCGCCAGCUGCUGCAGCAGCAGCAGCAGGAGCAGCAGCAAACUGUUUAUUUGCUGCUGGCAGAUGAAGCCCUCAGGGGGGAAAAGGAAGAGCUGCGGCAGCUUGCUGCUGUGCUGCUGCGCCGCAAAGCAGCCAAAGCCUUCAGCUGCAUGCAGCCCAGCCAGCAGUCGGAGUUUACGGAGUCUCUGGUGCAGCGGCUGGGGGCCGAAGCUUCCAAACCCGUGAGGGUUUCUCUCUGUCACCUUUUGGCUGCUUUGCUGCGGCUGCCGCAAUUCGACGAGGCGAAGACACGACACGUGCUGCAGCUGCUGGCGGCGCCGCUGCUGCAGCAGCAGCAGCAGCAGCAGCAGCAGCAGCAGCAGCAGCAGCAGCUGCAGCAGCUCCAAGUUGCUGCUGUCGAAGUCUUCGCCGCUUACGUCGACAGCGGCGACGGCGCAGAGGCUUUCUUCGACGAGCUCGUCCACAUCUUCACAGAAGCUCUGGCGGCGAGCGACAGCAACGAGGGUUUGGCAGCUCCUUCUUUCGAGGGUCUCCGCGGCCUGGCCGAGGACGCAGUGGACCCUUCUCAGCAGAAAAAACUGUUCGCACUAAUGCCGAGAGUGACUGCAGUAAUAGAAAAGGCGCUGCAGCCCGAGGGCGACGAGGCGGUGGCUGUGAGCGGCCUGGAGCUCAUAGACGACCUGCUGUGCAACGACUUGGUGCUGUCGGAGCCCGAGCUGCUGUCGCUGCUGACCUUUUUGCUGCGCCUCGCCGACCGCCCGGCCCUUCCCGUGGGCAUUCGGCAGCAAGCCCUUUCGCCCAUUCAGUGGGUGGCCAAGCAAAAGCCCCGCGGUAAGCAGCAGCAGCAGCAGCAGCAGCAGCAGCAGCAGCAGCAGCAGCAGCAGCGGCAGCAGCAGCAGCAGCAGCAGCGGCAGCAGCAGCGGGGUAGCGGGUGUGUGGGCGUCGCGCGCGUUGCUGCUGCUGCUGCUGCUGCUGCUGCUGCUGCUGCAGUGCUGUGCCGCGGGGGCUUCGUGCCGCUGCUGCUGGACGUGCUGGUGCGGAUGGCAGCAGAAGGAGAACUUUCUGUCUCCGACUCCGAACUCGAAAACGAAGAACUGUCUCCCCACAGAUUGGCUUGUCAGACAAUCGACGCAGUUGCUGUUGCGCUGCCGAACAAGCACGUGUGCGGCCCGCUGCUGCAGCGGCUCGAGGUGUACGUACACCCCGCGCCGCAGCAGCAGCAGCAGCAGCAGCAGCAGCAGCAGCAGCAGCAGCAGCUGCUGCAGCAGCGCGCCGCGCUCACUGCUAUUGGCAUUAUGAGCGAGGGAUGCGAAGCUGCGCUCCGCCACAAACUCAAACACCUCAUGCCCGUUUUGCUGCCGCUGCUGCAGCACAGCCACCCCGCCGUUGCUGCUGCUGCUGCGCUUUGCUUCGGCCAGUUCGCAGGUCCCAACUCCCAGGGUUUAGGGUUUAGGGUUUAG